CAAAACUAACACCCCCUUGAUCAUAGAAAAAGAGACUAUCAUGGCAACAUGUGACAAUCUCUUCAUGGUCAAAAGUGUACACCUGUAAUUUUUCAAACAUAUAUUUCGGUACUAUAAAUAGUGACCUUUAACUUGGCUCAAUCUCAAACAGUCUUCGGAUUAUUCUAAAACCAUUUUUUUCCCUACCCAGAAAGUUUAAGCAAUGGCCGCGAAAAGUAAGAUUCUGUUCAUCGGGGGAACAGGAUACAUAGGAAAAUUCAUAGUGGAAGCAAGUGCCAAGGCAGGCCACCCUACUUUUGCUCUAGUUAGAAAGUCCAGUCUUUCUAGCCCUGCCAAAUCUAAUGUGAUUAACAACUUCAAGAAUCUUGGUGUCAAUUUUCUCACUGGAGAUUUGUUUGAUCAUGAGAGUUUGGUGAAGGCGAUAAAGCAAGUGGAUGUGGUGAUCUCUGCGGUUGGUCACUCUCAAUUAGGUAACCAAGACAGGAUCAUUACUGCCAUUAAAGAAGCUGGAAAUGUUAAGAGAUUUUUCCCGUCCGAAUUUGGAAAUGAUGUUGAUAGGGUGCAUGCUGUUGAACCAGUAAAAUCAGCAUAUGCUCACAAGGUUAAACUACGCAGAGUUCUUGAGGCCGGAGGAAUUCCUUACACCAUUGUGUCAAAUAAUUUUUUUGCUGGUUAUUUCCUUCCAACUUUGAACCAGAUUGGAGUUACAGCUGCUCCAAGAGAUAAAGUUGUCAUCUGGGGUGAUGGAAAUCCUAAAGCGGUGUUUAACGUGGAAAAUGAUAUUGGCACCUAUACUAUCAGAGCAGUGGAUGAUCCAAGAGCCUUGAACAAAAUCCUCUACAUUAGACCCCCAGCCAACACCAUCUCAUUCAACGAUCUUGUGUCUUUGUGGGAGAGGAAGAUUGGGAAAACCCUUGAAAAGAUUUACAUUCCCGAGGAGCAACUUUUGAAGAAUAUUCAAGAAGCUCCAUUUCCAGACAGUGUGGAAUUAGCACUUUUUCACUGUGUCUUUGUGAAGGGAGAUCACACCAACUUCAAGAUCGAACCAUCAUUUGGUGUAGAGGCUUCUGAGCUUUACCCUGAUGUCAAAUACACUACCGUGGAUGAAUACCUUGAUCAGUUUGUCUGAGUCUCCUACAUUAAUGGCGUGGAAGAAAAUAAAUGGCUGCAAUCCUUGCACUAAUUAUAUUAUUGGUCUAUAUAUUGGUCUAUAUAUGUAUCAUGUUACAUGCCAUACAGAAUGGCAUUAAUUUUGAGCAAAAGUAUUAAAUUUCUGUGAACACUUCAACCAAUGGAAGCAGAUCCAAACCUAGCUGCAUUAAACUACCUCGUCCUGACAAAGAAAAUACUGUGGUUGCCUGCCCAAAUUUCAGUGUCCUAGAGUAGCGAUGGUUGUCUUGUUUUUGCUGUUUUAGCAGAUGUUACAAGAAUGAAAUAUGCAGCCUUAGCCAUCUUCGUUAGAAAGGCAAAAUUGUGUUCUUGAUAACCAGCAAACGUCUAUUAGGAAUGCAUAUUUUUCGAGAUUACCAA